ACAUGCCCUUUGCCGUUCCUCAGUCGACAAAAUUAUACCUCUGGAGGUGGAUACAUAGGAGGUCGUUUCUGUAGUGAUGACUGCUGCUUGCCUUGUCCAUUGACCGAACUAGUAUACUCUGAUGAGUUCCCGACGCACGAGCUAGCGGCCGAGUGGCUCAGUGUUGUCAGUCUGAUUAGCAGUGUAUUCCUACUUUUGACCUACGCAAUCUUGGCCCCUGAGAAGAGUCAUCGUCACUAUCUCAGCGUAGGCCUCAUUGUAUCCAAUGUGCUUCUACAGUUGGCCAUCAUCAUUCCAUUGGGGUCCAAGCCUUCCAUGUGCUACGAUGCUAUCACACCAAAUGAUAUGUAUUCGGACUUGUCAUGCGCCUUUUCUGGAGCCCUACUCCUAUGGGGAGGCAUGGCGUCCGUUUGCUGGGUUCUGUCGCGCUCGCUAUGGACACAUCUAAGAGUAUGCUGGAACAGAUCGGAUACACAGUUGUUCCUCAUAGCCUCUCAAGUCGUCUGCUGGGGUAUUCCUACGAUCCUUACCGUGGUCUGCAUGAAAUGCACCGGUGUUUCGUACCGCUUGGCGAUUGUCUGCCUUCCCAACGACAAGCACACCUUCACGACCUACUUUGGCUGGAUGAUCGCUUUUGCCAGUCUGGCGUUCGUCCUGCAGAUAGCGACCAGCUUCUACUGUCUCUACAUCUAUCUGAUGAACCUAUGGAAGACCACUCCAUCGUCGCCGACGCGUGCCACAGGCAACUCGAGCGAGCUCCCUACCAGUGCAGCGACGAGCACCUGGGACAGACCCUGGAAAGCAACUCGCCAACAGGCAUGGGUUCGAGUACGCAGAGUCUUCAUUCUGCAAUGGCGUAAUAUCCUCCUGUGUAUGGGAGCUACUGCGGUUGUUGCUAUGCUCUCGGGUGUCUUUGUGGCACUCAACACGUCGCUGGCAAGAGACAAGGCUCGCGGUUUCCGCGCAAAGGAAAUCGCAGGCUGGGCUGCCUGUCUUGUCAUCACACAAGACAAGAACAAAUGC